AUGUGAUUGGACAAGAGAAGGAGUUAACGGGCGAAAGACGCGACUGACGCGAGAGACGGAUGUGGAGUGACAAGAGCUUACGCCUUCGUCCCUUCGGAUAUCGAUGCUUUUACGCAUUCUCAGAGCUUACGAAUUACAUGGAAAUACGAAGGAUUUAACGGCGUUUAAUAACGGACAUUUCACCUUAACUAUCGUAAAUUCUCAUGUCGAAGAUUUCAUAAAAAAGCGAAGCGGCUGACACAUUGCUCUAGUGCGGUGGAUUUCAGUGAGUGAAAGAAAAGAGAUAGGUAGAUAGAUACAUAGAUAGAGAGAAAGAGAGAAGGAGGGAGAUUUAGUAGAAAGUAGAGUGGGGGUUUCGAAAAGCGAAAAGAAUAUACGAGGAACUGACGUGUUGCGGGCGCAUCGAACGUGUGCGGUCAACACACUUUGCGACGACGGUAGGUACACGUUAUUACGGUACGUCGUGCGAUAUUUACCGUUCAUUCAAGAAUGUUUUAAUUACAUUCCGUCUGCUCGCCCGUGUAAUUACGGUUUAACGUGUAUGUCCCCGUUUGUCUGUGCGUUGUGCUCUAGUGUGUGUGCGCGCGCGUAUCUGCCCUUUUUUCCAGUAACGAGACGAUUACAACAACGACGACGAAGACGACAAGUACGACGACGAAUACGAGUACGAAUACGAGUAAGACAACGACAACAACAUCGGUGACGACGGUAGUGACGACAACGGCGAAUACGAGUUCGUACCGUUCUCUUCUGUUGUAAAUAUAUUCGAAAGGAAGAGUUUACAUCGACCUCCUUGCAUUACCACGUUUUAUUGUAUACGCGUGCGAGCGAAUGUGUGGUUGAUAUAUUGGUGUGUGUGUGUAUGUGUGUGUGUCUAUACUUUUAGUAUAUUUGUGUGCGAGUUCUCAUCGGCACUUACACGUUGCCGAUCGUGUUAUCAUCGUCGUGAACGAAGGCAACGAGGAUGCUCAAGUUUAUAAGAGGAAAGGGCCAACAACCCACCGCCGAACGGCAGAAACUUCAAAAAGAUCUCUUUGCCUUUCGAAAAACUGUGCAACAUGGCUUUCCAAACAAACCAACAGCUUUUGCAUGGGAUCCGAGUUUACGACUGAUGAUCAUUGGAACGACAUCCGGCGCCAUCAAAGUAUUUGGAAGACCCGGAGUUGAAUUUUAUGGUCAACAUUCCAGCGAAAGUGGUGAAAAUGCAGUUACAAAAAUUGUCGCCAUACCGAAUGAGGGUCGCAUCGUUUCUCUCUGCGAUGAUAAUUCUUUACAUUUAUGGGAAAUCAAUGAAAAUUCGGUUGUGGAGACAAAAUCAUUAUCAUUGGAAGGAAAAUUGAAGAAAAUUUCAGCAAUGUGUUUGGAAUCAAGCGGAGAAAAUCUACUUUUAGGAGUAGAAGGAGGUAACAUUUACCUUCUGAAUUUGAAAACGUUUGCAGUACCCGAUAACAUCAUCUAUCAAGAUGUAGUAAUGCAAAAUGUACCCGACGAUUAUAAGAAAAAUCCAGGAGCAGUAGAAGCUAUAGCAGAACAACCAGGUCAUCCAGACAACAUUCUUAUUGGAUAUAAUCGAGGUUUGAUGGUACUUUGGAAUAAAGCUACUCCAGGAGCACAGCAGCUGAUGGGUUUGUUUUCGCGUACGCAGACAUUCGUAUCCACGCAACAGCUGGAAUCAGUGCAUUUUAUUUCUGAGAGUCGGUUUGUCUCAUCUCACAACGAUGGGUCCUAUACAUUUUGGAACCCAGGUAGCGAUGCAGUACCAGAUCCGACGACACCGUAUGGACCUUUUCCUUGUAAAGCUAUCACGAAAAUUCUUGUUUAUCCAACUGCUGAGCAUGGAGAAUUGGUGCUCUUUUCUGGUGGUAUGCAACGUGCAAGCUAUGGUGAUCGUCACACUAUCACUGUUAUGACGAAGGAUAAACACGUCGUAUUUGAUUUUACUUCGAAAGUUAUUGACUUCUUCACUGUAUUUGCCAGAGACGAAGAUGGCAAAGACAUACCAGACAAUCCUGAAGCUUUAAUCGUAUUAGCUGAAGAAGAAAUUGUAGCUAUUGAUUUAACAAAUCCACAAUGGAAAAUGAUGGCUUUACCGUAUUUGGUAUCUCUUCAUGCUAGCGCGGUAACUUGUUCUCAACACGUUCCAAAUGUUCCUGAAGAACUUUGGGAUUCAAUAAUGUCUGCUGGAAAAGCACAGACAGAACACUUAUACUCGGAUAAAGAAUGGCCUAUUGACGGGGGAACCAUUUUAUGCAACAAACCGGAAAAUCCUGAUAAAAUUGAAAACAGAGAAUUGUUACUUACCGGUCACGAGGAUGGUACCGUGAGGUUUUGGAAUGCAUCGGAUGUCUCGUUAACACCUUUAUAUAAAUAUAAUUCAUCGAUUCUUUUCACCGGAGAACACUUAGACGUGCUUGAGCAACCACCGGAAGAUGAUGAAGAUGAAUGGCCACCGUUUCGGAAAGUGGGCACGUUUGAUCCAUAUUCCGAUGACCCACGUCUUGCAGUCAAAAAAGUUCUUUUGUGUCCGUUAUCUUCAACAUUAGUAAUAGCAGGAACAGCUGGCCAUGUAGUUACAGCUGUAAUAUCUUCUGAACCAGUUAAUAAAGAAAUAAAAGCAGUGACGAUGAAUAUUGUUAAUGAUCGCGAUGGAUUUGUAUGGAAAGGUUACGAUCAUUUACCCGUAAGGACUGCCAGUAUAUCCUUUGCGAUUGGUUUUCAACCUCAAAGCAUUCUACAGUUAUAUCCACCAGCUGCUGUUACUGCAUUAGCAAUGCAUAGUGAAUGGGGUUUACUUGCUACGGGCACAGCUCAUGGCUUAGCAGUUUUUGACUACACAAGGGUAAAGCCUGUUACUGUUAAAUGCACACUUAAUCCAAAUGAUCUAUCUGGUGCAGGAGACACACCAAUAUCUAGGCGAAAAUCAUUUAAGAAAUCCUUAAGGGAAUCUUUUAGAAGGUUAAGAAAAGGAAGAUCGCAAAGACGGACAACUACUAGUAGUCCAACAAGAAGUGCCGUCAUAGAGAAAAAGAAAGAAAUCUCUAGCGUAGCAUCUUCUCCAAGUGCUGAUUUAUCACCUAUGGAAUUAAAACCGGUAGAAAGACAAGUCGAAGCUAGACCAGUAGAUGAUGCUUUAGGGUCUAUGGUACGAUGCUUAUAUUUUGCAAGAAGUUAUAUCAUAAGCAUGCAAAACACAACACCAACGCUUUGGGCAGGUACUAACAACGGGACAGUGUACGUUUUUACUUUAGCAAUACCUGCUGGUGUUAGGAGAACAGAAGAAGACGUAAAUUGUACACUUGGAAAAGAAAUCCAGCUGAAGCAUCGUGCACCAGUCAUUGCUAUAACUAUAUUAGAUGGUUCGAAUGUACCUUUACCAGAACCUUUUGAAGCAGAGAAAGGUGUUUCCCCUGGGCCAGAUAUGGCAUCACCACAUAGAGUAUUAAUAGCAAGCGAAGAACAAUUUAAAAUUUUCAAUCUACCGUCAUUGAAACCUAAUUGCAAAUAUAAACUUACUGCUCAUGAAGGAUCCAGGGUACGUAAAACAGGGUUUGCUAAGUUUACAUGUCCAAUCGAUUCUACGGGAGAGCAUAUGGAAACAUGCUUACUUUGUUUGACGAACCUUGGAGAUUGUUUAAUACUCAGUAUCCCAGAAUUAAGAAGGCAACUUAAUGCAGCUGCAAUUAAACGAGAAGAUAUUAAUGGUAUUUCAUCCCUAACAUUCACAAAGUCUGGAGAAGCAUUAUAUCUUCAUUCGAGUUCCGAACUUCAACGCAUCUCAUUAUCAGCGACAAAAGUAACAAAAGCCCAUUGUACACUUAAUUUACCACCUAGUGCUAGAGUAUCUGCAGAAACUAGUGCAGAAGAACAAGCUGUUAACGAAGAUGCAGCUGAGAAUGGUGUUGUAGGUUCCAGUGGUGAAGAAUCUCCAAAGGAACCUUCCUUGCAGCCUUCCGCAAGUAUCACUGAGGUGAAUGGGGAAGAUGAACGACAGGAUUUAAGUUCAGUUGGAGAUAUCACCAUUGACAGUGUUAAGGAUCAUUUACUUAACAAUUCAAUUUUCAGAAAUGCAUCAUCAUCGGAAGAACUCCAUAAUCGUUUGGCAGGCCUUAAAAUGGAAGUGACAUCAUGAACUUCUAUAAUAAUCACAUCGGUUUUAAUUGUAUAAAAAAGGAAAAAGAAAAAAAGUUUAGUAGUUUUUUUAAAUUUAAAUUUAAUAUGCAGCAUUUUAAUGUUAAUUACAAGUGACCAUAAUACUAUCGAAGAUCAUAUGUAAAAACUGCUUAAGUUAUACAACUGCCAAGAAUAUGAAGACCUUAAUAUUUCUAAACACCUUCGGAUUUUUAUGAAUAUUACGCACUUCAUUUUAUUUUUAUCUUUUAAUGGUCUUGAAAAAGUUAGCAGUUUAGUGGAACUAGGCCUAGAAAAUAUUACAUUUUAAUCGAAUUCAAUCACGUUUCACUGCUGAUUUCUUCUUAAAAAGAGAGACACUUAAGCUUUUUUUUAAUACUAUUUUAUUAGAUAAACCUUGUGAAUGAUUACUGUGCAGAUUCAUUAGAUAUAAAAGUAUCUAAAAUAAGUCAUUUUUUGAUUACUAUAUAAUGCGUAUAUACAUAGAUACAAUUUUAAUGUAAUAGUUGUUUUUUUUUUUUAUAAUCGUAUUUUUAUUUUUUGACUUAAUUGGUAUAAUCAUAGUUUAAUACUUAUUGCUGUACAGACAAUAGCGGCACUUGAUAAAUUGUGAGUAUGGCAGCCAUAUUGUAACACGAAAUAUAAGUUUAUAUAAAUAACUAAGCUAUAAGAAACAGUAUUGAAAGAGAGAGAAAAAACAAGUAAUAUUCAAGAUAUAAGAAAGAAGAAAAAAGAAUAUAUAGAUAUAUAUAUAUAUAUAUAUAUACAAUAGUCCAAUGGAUUUUAAAAUACAAUCACUGUUUCUUGAAGCCCAGUAUUUGUAUUUCACAUGAUACUGACGAGACUUAAAUUGACUGCAAUAUUUUAAAUGUUCCGAACAAUCAGAAUAUUUCAUAAACUAAUAAAUAAUUCAUAUAUGAUUUUGAUGUUCUGAACAUAACGACAAAUAUAGAUACUUAAGUAUAAUUACGUUUUUCACGAACAAGCUUAGAGAUUAUAAAAAAAAAAUAUAAAAAAUAAAAAAAAUAAAAUAAAAUAAAAAGAUAAAAAUAAAAUAAAACGACAUACCAAUUGCCAUGACGCAAGCAAUGAAGCGUGUUGAAAAUAUAUUUUUUAUCAAUGUUACUUACAAUCACAAAGUCUUCUUUCUAUUUUCUGUGAAAGUUACUUUUAAAAUCCUCCCUCUUUUGUGUAAACGUUAGAAGUCCUUUCCAAACAACAAUUUAUUUGAUUAAAUAAAAUAAUUUCAGAAUUAUUUUUGUAGAAAGGAUAUAAUUCAUUUUUACACGUCAAUUUUAUGAAGAACUUUGAAAUCAUACCAAUUUUUUGCGAGAAUAUCAGAAUUUUAUUUGAUCUGAUCUCAUUAUUGAUAGAAAUUUUUGUAGGAAAAUUAUUCUAUCGUUUACAAUGUAUGCGCUUUUGUUUGGAAAAGACUUGCAAGAGAUUUAAAAAAUUGCAGAACGCUUGAUAGAUUAUUCUGAAAAAGAAUGACAAUCCUUCUAUUUUUGCAUUUAAUUGUCAUGUAGAAAACCAGUGAUCAUUUUACUUAACUGGGCGUAUUUUAUUACAUUUGCGAUUUAUUGAUAACAGCGCGCUCGUUUAACAAGAUAAUAGAACUUUAUAUAUUAUUUUAUAUACAAGUAUGUUAUAAUGUUGAAUUACAUGUAUACUUUUGCUUUUAAUGCUUUUUUUUUUAAUAUAUAUAUAUUUUUUUUAAUACAUUGUAUCUUUUAAUAUAUAAGUCAUUGUAUAAGACGAUUUAUUUUUAUUUGCCACUUUUAGAUUACAAUGUUUUAAGAAUUAUUUAGAAAUAAUUUAAGAAAAAGGAAAUAAAAAAAAAAAUAAAAGAAAUAGAAGUAACAUUUGUAUGCGAGCGUAUUACGUGCAUUGCAUAAAACGUUUAAGACUUGAGGAAUGGCAGCAACACUACGUUAAUCUACGUGAUUGGCCCAAAACGUUUGACUAACGAAAUAUACAAAUUUACAUGCCUGAUCUAAAUAUAUAUACCAAUGUAUUAACUUAAAACAUACGUCCACAGACAAAUGUACAGUUUAUUACGUAUAACAUUACUUGCACAGGGCCUUUGUAGAUAAAUUUUGUAGUUACAUUAUUAUCAUACACACACACACAUAUACACUAAUUAAAAAACUUUUAAAGUUUUAUAUAAAGCUCACUUAUUAAAAUCCACAUACACGCAUAUAUACAAACGUGAUACUAAAACUCCUCCAAUUUAUCUAUUAUAUAUAAAGUAUCACAUACAAUUUGUCUUCUAGCUUAUUGUAUAGUAUGACGAUUUAUUUUAAUAAAGCAGAUAAAAA